ACAUGUGGAGGAGGUAAGAAGAGGAUUGUUGCCGAGGACGCAUUCAGCUGUCAGAGAUAACGCCGCUCAGGCUGCUCUUACCUGGAGUUUCACUGCCAUGGACUUAACCGAGGAUAGCGCUGUGGAAAUUAUCCUGUGCUGACCCACUUCUUCACGCGUUUCUUUCUCUCUCUGCGUGUCUUUUGACGCCUUCUUUCCAUUUCUGCCAGGUGCCGUAAACCCUGAGAGACCAUGUCGGACAAAAUGUCCAGUUUCCUCCAUAUUGGGGACAUUUGUUCCCUUUAUGCGGAGGGCUCCACCAGUGGAUUUAUCAGCACUUUAGGGCUUGUGGACGACCGGUGUGUGGUACAACCAGACACUGGUGACCUCAACAACCCACCCAAGAAAUUCAGAGAUUGCCUUUUCAAACUGUGUCCUAUGAACAGAUACUCCGCACAGAAACAGUUCUGGAAGGCGGCAAAACCAGGAGGCAACAGCACCACGGACACAGUCCUCCUCAAUAAACUUCAUCAUGCUGCUGAUCUUGAGAAGAAGCAGAAUGAGUCUGAAAACCGGAAGCUGCUGGGAACAGUCAUCCAGUAUGGAAAUGUCAUCCAGUUGCUGCACUUGAAAAGCAAUAAAUACCUGACAGUGAACAAGCGCCUACCUGCACUGUUGGAGAAGAAUGCCAUGAGAGUGACUCUGGACUCGGCAGGAAACGAGGGAUCCUGGUUCUACAUCCAGCCUUUCUACAAGCUCAGAUCCCUGGGAGACAGUGUGGUGAUUGGAGAUAAAGUAGUCCUUAACCCUGUGAAUGCAGGACAGCCUCUGCAUGCCAGCAGCCACCAGCUAGUCGACAACCCGGGGUGUAACGAGGUUAAUUCUGUGAAUUGCAAUACAAGUUGGAAAGUCGUUCUGUUCAUGAAAUGGAGUGACAACAAGGAAACUAUACUCAAAGGGGGUGAUGUAGUUCGGUUGUUCCACGCAGAGCAAGAGAAGUUUCUAACUUGUGACGACCACAGGAAGAAGCAAUAUGUCUUUCUCAGAACGACCGGCCGGCAGUCUGCAACGUCUGCCACCAGCAGCAAAGCACUGUGGGAAGUGGAGGUUGUCCACCACGAUCCAUGCAGGGGAGGUGCAGGCUACUGGAACAGCCUGUUCAGGUUUAAGCAUUUGGCUACAGGGUGUUAUUUAGCUGCUGAGAUGGGUGAGGUGAAUCAAGACUUUGAGGAGGAGAGUGCUGAACAGCGGUCCUCGCUGGAUGCAGAUAACGAAGCUUUGCGAGGCCGCCUGCGAGCUCCACAGGAGAAAAUCAUGUACACUCUGGUGCCUGUUCCUGAUGGUAUGGACAUCUCCUCCAUCUUUGAGCUGGACCCUACCACUCUAAGAGGCGGGGACUCCAUGGUGCCCAGGAGCUCCUAUGUGAGGCUAAGACACUUGUGCACAAACACAUGGGUCCACAGCACAAACAACCCUAUUGACAAAGAGGAGGAGAAGCCUGUUAUGUUAAAGAUUGGAACAUCAGGAGUAAAAGAAGACAAGGAAGCUUUUGCUAUUGUCCCAGUGCCACCUGCAGAAGUGCGUGAUUUAGACUUUGCUAAUGAUGCAAGUAAAGUGUUGGCAUCCAUUGCUGGCAAGCUGGAAAAGGGUACUAUUACACAAAAUGAGAGGAGGUUUGUGACUAAGCUCUUGGAAGAUCUGGUUUUCUUUGUGGUAGACAUUCCCAACAGUGGACAGGAUGUUUUGGAGAUCAUGGUUAACAAACCGAACAGAGAAAGACAGAAACUCAUGAGAGAGCAGAAUAUCCUCAAACAGAUCUUCAAACUUCUCCAAGCCCCUUUCACAGACAGCGGUGAUGGUCCAAUGCUACGACUGGAGGAGCUUGGAGACCAGCGCCACGCACCGUUUAGACAUAUUUGUAGGCUUUGCUACAGAGUGCUCCGCCAUUCUCAGCAAGAUUACAGGAAGAACCAAGAAUACAUCGCCAAACAAUUCCGCUUUAUGCAGAAGCAGAUAGGAUAUGACGUGCUGGCAGAAGACACAAUAACAGCUCUGCUCCACAACAACCGGAAACUGCUGGAGAAACACAUCACAGCUGCUGAGAUAGACACGUUUGUCACUCUAGUGAGGAAGAACCGGGAGCCGAGGUUUCUGGACUACCUGUCAGAUCUUUGGUCCAUGAACAAAUCCAUCCCUGUGACGCAAGAGCUCAUCUGCAACGCUGUGCUGGACUCAGCAACGCUGACAUUCUCAUUGAAACCAAAAUUGGUUUUGUCGAGGUUUGAGGUCGAGGUGUCGGCAAAUGGGGAGAAUCCAGUGGAGGCAGAAGAUGAAGAGGAAGUUUGGUUGUUCUGGAAAGACAACUGCAAGGAAAUCCGGAGUAAGAGCGUCCGGGAGUUGGCUCAAGAUGCAAAGGAGGGUCAAAAAGAAGACCAAGAGGUGGUCAGCUACUACAGGUGCCAGUUGAACCUCUUUGCCGGAUGUGUCGGACGUCAGUAUCUGGCCAUAAACAAGAUUUCCGGUCAGCUGGAUGUCGACUUGAUCCUCCGCUGUAUGUCGAUGAGGACUUGCCUUUUGACCUUGCGAGCUUCUUUCUGCCGUCUGAUGCUGCACAUGCAUGUGGAUCGUGACCCUCAGGAGCUCACACCUGUGAAAUAUGCUCGUCCUGUGGUCUGAGAUUCCUCUAAAAUCGCUAUUGAUGACUAUGACAACGAUGGAACCACUCGAGAUGAGAUUAAAGAGCGUUUCUGCCUCACCAUGGACUUUGUGGAGAACUACCAGGAGGUGGUGUCGCAGAAUAUUCCCUUCUCUGACAAGGAGAAAAACAAACUCACCUUUGAGGUUGUGAAUCUGGCAAGGAACCUCAUUUACUGGUUCUACAACUUUAGUGACCUGCUUCGGCUGACAAAGAUCUUACUGAACAUUUUAGACUGUGUGCAUGUCAACACCAUAUCCAUCAAUAAGAUAGAGAAGGAAGAAGAAACCAAAGCUGGCAGUAAUGUGAUGAAGUCCAUCCAUGGAGUUGGGGAGCUGAUGACCCAGGUGGUGCUGCGAGGAGGUGGCUUGCUGCCUGCCACACCAACUCAUGAGCCUGAGGGAGAUGUGGUUAAAACUCAGAUUGAACCGGAGAGAGAAGACAUUAUGGUCAUGGACACAAAGCUGAAAGUUAUCGAGAUUCUGCAGUUCAUUUUGAAUGUACGGCUGGACUACAGGACCUGCCUACUCUGCAUUUUCAAACGUGAGUUUGAUGAAAACAACCCACAGGGAGACAGUCCUUCCAGUCAGAAUGGAAGCAAUAAUAUUACAAGUCAGAUGCCAGGCAACUUUGACUUUGAGAACAUUGAGGAACAGGCAGAGGGGAUCUUUGGAGGAAGUGGGAGGAACACUCCACUGAACCUGGAUGACCAUGGCGGUCGCACCUUCCUGAGGGUCCUGCUGCACCUGACUAUGCAUGAUUAUCCACCACUCGUGUCUGGAGCACUUCACCCUUUCAGGCACUUCAGCCAGAGGCAGGAGGUCCUCAUGGCCUUCAAACAAGUCCAGCUGCUGGUUAGUCAGGAUGUUGAUAACUACAAGCAGAUCCAACAGAUUCUGGACCAGCUGCGUUCUAUUGUGGAGAAGUCUGAGCUUUGGGUUUACAAGAGCAAGGAGAAGAUUGGUGAUGGAGAUGGGCCUUCAGAGUCUGACAACAAAAAGAAGGGAGAUUCACUUGGUUCAGACAAAAAGAAGACUGAAAGUACCAGCAGUUACAACUACAGAGUGGUUAAAGAGAUCUUGCUGCGCCUCAGUAAACUGUGCGUUCAGGAGGGAAGUUCAGGAAAGAAGAGCAAGAAACAGCAACAGAGGCUGCUGAGGAACAUGGGAGCUCACAGUGUGGUGCUGGAACUACUACAGAUCCCCUAUGAGAAGGGUGAAGAUGUUCGAAUGCAGGAGAUCAUGAAGUUGGCUCAUGAGUUUCUGCAGAAUUUCUGUGCAGGGAACCAACAGAACCAAGCUCUUCUCCACAAGCAUAUCAACUUAUUUCUUAACCCAGGGAUCCUGGAGGCAGUCACCAUGCAGCACAUCUUCAUGAAUAACUUCCAGCUGUGCAGUGAGAUCAACGAACGUGUAGUUCAGCACUUUGUCCACUGUACCGAGACACACGGUCGUCAUGUCCAGUAUCUGAAGUUUCUGCAGACUAUUGUCAAGGCUGAGAACAAGUUCAUCAAGAAGUGUCAGGACAUUGUCAUGGCAGAGCUGGUAAACUCAGGCGAGGAUGUCCUGGUCUUCUACAACGAUCGUGCCUCCUUCCAGACCCUCGUCCAGAUGAUGCGUUCAGAGCGGGAUCGUAUGGAUGAAAAUAGCCCUCUAAUGUACCACAUCCACCUGGUUGAACUGCUAGCUGUCUGCACUGAGGGCAAGAACGUCUACACUGAGAUAAAGUGCAACUCACUGUUACCGCUGGAUGAUAUUGUGCGGGUCGUGACUCAUGAGGACUGUAUUCCUGAGGUGAAGGUUGCCUAUAUCAACUUCCUAAACCACUGUUAUGUGGACACAGAGGUGGAGAUGAAGGAGAUUUAUACUUCCAACCACAUGUGGAAGCUGUUUGAGAACUUCCUGGUGGACAUUUGUAGGGUGUGCAACAACACCAGCGACAGGAAGCAUGCAGAUACCAUGCUGGAGCGUUAUGUAACCGAGACAGUCAUGAGCAUUGUCACAUGUUUCUUCAGCUCUCCUUUCUCUGACCAGAGCACAAGUCUGCAGACUCGUCAGCCAGUAUUUGUCCAACUGCUUCAGGGAGUAUUUAGGGUUUACCAUUGUAACUGGCUUAACCCUGUUCAGAAGGCAUCAGUUGAGGCUUGCAUUAAAGUCCUCUCAGACGUGGCUAAGAGCAGAGCAAUUGCCAUCCCUGUGGACCUAGACAGUCAGGUGAACAACUUGUUCGUAAAGUCCAAUAAUGUUGUGCAGAAGAGCAUCCUCAGCUGGAGACUAUCUGCUAAGAACACCUCCAGACGAGACUCUGGCUUGACUACCUCAAAAGACUACAGAAACAUCAUUGAGCGGCUACAGGACAUAGUGUCUGCGCUGGAGGACCGUCUGAGGCCGCUGGUCCAAGCUGAGCUCUCUGUGCUGGUUGAUGUCCUGCAUCGUCCGGAGUUGCUUUUCCCUGAAAACACAGACGCUCGCAAGAAAUGUGAAAGUGGAGGAUUCAUAUCAAGACUGAUCAAACACACCAAGCAGUUGCUGGAGGAGAACGAGGAGCGCCUGUGCAUCAAAGUGCUGCAGACACUGAGGGAAAUGAUGACAAAAGACAGGGGCUAUGGGGAGAAGCUGAUUGCCUUUGAUGAUGAAAUGGAUGUGGCUGAGCUGGCUCCUCCACCAGAGCCUGAUGUCCCUGCUGAGGAGCUUGAUCCCAACCAGCCACUGAAGCAACUGGAGGAUCAAAGGAGGGGCGAGGCUCUGCGGCAGAUUUUGGUCAAUCGAUACUAUGGGAACAUCAAAUCUGGCCCGAGGAGAGAUAGCCUCACAGCCUUCAGCAACGGGCCUCUUACAUCUGGAUCGCAGGGAAAAUCACCUACAGUUGUCAGCUCGGGGGUUGGAGGUCGAGGGGAGCUGAGUUUGGCAGAGGUCCAGUGCCACCUGGACAAAGAAGGAGCUUCUGAUCUGGUCAUUGACCUCAUCAUGAAUGCCACUAGUGAUCGGAUCUUCCAGGAGAGCAUAUUGUUAGCCAUCGCACUGCUGGAGGGUGGAAACACGGUCAUCCAGCGGUCGUUCUAUCAUCGGUUAACGGGGGACAACAAGUCAGAGAAAUUCUUCAAGGUGUUUUAUGAGCGCAUGAAGUUGGCCCAGCAGGAGAUCAAAGCCACUGUGACAGUCAAUACUAGUGACCUGGGCAGCAAGAAGAAGGAUGAAGAACCACCUGACAAAGACACGCCAGCGCGCAAGAAAGUGAAAGAUGUGCCAGUGGUGGCGACAGUGACUGAGGAGGUGAAGGAGCAGCUGGUCGAGGCUUCUGCCGUCACCAAGAAGGCCUACACAACCUACCGUCGUGAGGCUGAAGCUGAAGAGCACCAGGCGGCUGCUGACGGUACUCCCGUCCCGACUGCAGAUAAGAGCCAGGAAGAAGGCGAGAUGAGCGUUAUUAUCACCAUCAUGCAGCCCAUCCUACGCCUCAUGCAGCUGCUCUGUGAGAACCACAACAGAGAUCUGCAGAACUUUCUGCGCAACCAGAAUAACAAGAACAACUAUAAUCUAGUGUGUGAGACUCUUCAGUUCCUGGACUGUAUCUGUGGCAGCACCACCGGAGGACUGGGAUUACUGGGACUCUACAUCAAUGAGAAGAACGUAGGACUCAUCAACCAGACUGUGGAGAGCCUCACUGAGUACUGCCAAGGUCCAUGUCAUGAGAAUCAGAACUGCAUUGCCACUCAUGAAUGUAAUGGUAUUGACAUCAUCAUCGCUCUCAUCCUCAAUGACAUCAACCCUCUUGGCAAGAAGAGGAUGGAUCUGGUGUUGGAGCUCAAAAAUAAUGCCUCCAAACUUCUUCUUGCAAUUAUGGAGAGUCGCCAUGACAGUGAGAAUGCUGAGAGGAUACUGUAUAAUAUGAGGCCUAAAGAGCUGGUGGAAGUGAUAAAAAAGGCCUACAUGCAGGGUGAGAUAGAGGUGGAGGAGCCACAGGAGGGUGAGGAUGGAGAGGAAGAACAUUCUGCAUCUCCACGCAACGUUGGUCAUAAUAUCUACAUCUUGGCACAUCAAUUAGCCCGUCACAACAAGGAACUGCAGGCUAUGUUGAAACCAGGGGGCACGUAUGGAGAGGGGGACGAGGCCCUGGAGUUCUAUGCCAAACACACGGCUCAGAUUGAGAUUGUACGGCUGGACCGCACUAUGGAGCAGAUAGUCUUUCCUGUGCCCAACAUCUGCGAGUUCCUCACCCAAGAGUCGAAGCUGCGUGUCUACUACACUACAGAGCGAGAUGAGCAAGGCAGCAAAAUCAAUGACUUCUUCCUGCGCUCUGAGGACCUCUUCAAUGAAAUGAAUUGGCAGAAGAAGCUGCGAGCUCAGCCCAUCCUGUACUGGUGCUCCAGGAAUAUGUCUUUCUGGAGCAGCAUCUCCUUCAACCUUGCUGUGCUCAUGAACCUGCUCGUGGCCUUCUUCUACCCUCUGGAAGGUGUCCGUGGAGGCACUCUGGAGCCUCAUCUGUCUGCCCUGCUGUGGAUAGCCAUGCUGGUGUCUCUGGCAAUUGUCAUAGUCUUGCCUCAGCCUCAUGGCAUCAGGGCCCUCAUUGCCUCCACCAUCCUGCGCCUGAUCUUCUCUGUAGGCUUGGAGCCCACGUUGCUCCUGCUGGGGGGUUUUAAUUUAUGUAAUAAGGUCAUCUUCCUGAUGAGCUUUGUCGGGAAUCGAGGAACCUUCACGCGUGGAUACAAAGCCAUGAUCAUGGAUGUGGAGUUCCUUUACCACCUGCUCUAUCUGAUUAUCUGCUCCCUGGGGGUCUUUGUCCAUGUCUUCUUUUACAGCCUGCUACUCUUUGAUCUGGUUUACCGAGAGGAAACUUUGCUGAACGUAAUAAAGAGCGUCACCCGCAAUGGUCGCUCCAUUGUUCUGACAGCCGUGUUGGCUCUUAUCCUCGUCUACCUCUUCUCCAUUGUGGGCUAUAUCUUCUUCAAAGACGACUUCAUCUUGGCUGUUGACAGGAUCCCCAACAAAACACUCGAACACGGAGCCAGCAUGGUCGGAGAGUUCUUUACUGGUGGAGCGUGUCAAAAAGAAAAUGGAGAAAACUGUUCAGCAGAGGCCAUGAUGGAUGCUUCCCUUGCUAUCCAGCCAUCAGCGGUGGUGAUUGAAGACAAAGAGCGAACGUGUGACUCCCUACUCAUGUGCAUUGUCACAGUACUGAGUCACGGCCUCAGGAGUGGAGGAGGUGUUGGGGACGUCCUGCGAAAGCCAUCCAAAGAGGAGCCCCUGUUUGCAGCCAGAGUUAUCUACGACCUGCUCUUCUUCUUCAUGGUCAUCAUUAUUGUCCUCAACCUUAUCUUUGGUGUCAUCAUUGAUACCUUUGCCGACCUGAGGAGUGAGAAGCAGAAGAAAGAGGAAAUCCUGAAGACAACAUGCUUUAUCUGCGGUUUGGAGAGAGACAAGUUUGACAAUAAGACGGUUACCUUUGAAGAGCACAUCAAAGUUGAGCACAACAUGUGGCACUACUUGUUCUUCAUUGUCCUGGUGAAGGUCAAGGACUCAACAGAGUACACAGGUCCAGAGAGCUAUGUGGCUGAAAUGAUCAGGGACCACAACUUGGACUGGUUUCCACGGAUGAGGGCCAUGUCCUUGGUCAGCAGCGAUGCAGACGGGGAGCAGAACGAGAUCAGAAACCUGCAGGAGAAGCUUGAGUCCACCAUGAAGCUGGUGUCCAACCUGUCGGGGCAGCUAACAGAGCUCAAAGAACAGAUGACAGAACAGAGGAAGCAGAAGCAACGGAUCGGCCUGUUGGGACACCCUCAGCACAUGAACGUCAACCCUCAGCAGCCAGCGUGAGGUCGACCGGCAGCUCAGCAUCAGCUUUGCGUCUGGACGGAGCGCAAAGUGCUCAAGCCGAGGUUGCACAUGAUGUAAACUGCACUGAGUGAAUCUUAAAACGGUAGGGAAACACUGUAACAUAGGUAGUCAUAAGGCGAUGUGUAGCUCUGCCCCACGCACGUGUUACUCCAGACUGUAACACUCACCCACCUCGUUCUGUUUCAGUCCAGUCGGAAUUGGUGCCAAAUGUUCUCUGUAUAGAAAUGAAUUGCAUUUCUCAACACAUGGCCUUCACUGGUUGAACUUGAAACAUGACAAAGCUGACUGGACAGGAGGAAUUAGUCCCUUUUUUGUUGUUCCUUGUUUUUUUUAUUUAAUUUUAAUGUUUUAUAUUCAUAUUACUGGCAUAAUGGGCAGUAUUAAAUGUCUUAUUUUUGUAUGUUGUGCAAUAUUUUAACUUAAAUAUGCAACCUCAUUGGUGUGUACAUUUAAGUUCCAUCAGUUAUGUCUUAUUUAACAGCGUGGGCCAAUGUUUUUGUUUGUACUUUGUUGUCACUGGAUAAAUUAGGGAGUUGUUGGCUAUCUGUAUUUACGUAGAUAAAAUAUUUAAUAAGCUGGCCUUCUUAAUUAUACUUUCUUUUAUUUCUUGAAAAUGUGCAUAUUUCUUGAGUGACAACUCAAUAGAGAUAGAAUAUUGUGCGAGAGCAAUAUAUACAGAUAGUUUACCUUCACCUCUGUAAAUCCAAUGGUGUCAUAUCUCAGUGCUAACUUAUUUUAUGAUAACUUUGCUUUCUUAUUUAACUGGGUUGUAAAGGACAUUUAGAAAAGUGUUUAAAUUGUCCUCAGCAUCACUCAUGCUAUUACAGUUUGCUCAGGAGUUGUGUAAUUUAUACCGUAAUAAUCACCGCCUAUAUAAUUUAUCUCUUUUUGCAGCAAACUUGUUCCAUUUCUGCCUGUUUUUCUCCUCAAUUAAAGUCACUGACUUUCAUGUUCAUGCUCACUCAAACAUAUUAGUUGGUUUUCACACUACUUUUAGACUUAUCUCUCUUUUUUUUUUGGACUACUAUGUGUACAUAAAGUUUGUUGCUUACCUUUGCUUUUGUAUAGAAAAAUGAGGGGGAAAAAUCCCGAAUGUUAAGAUUAGAUACAAAUCUAAGCACUGUCAAUUUGUAUAUUGAAUUAGAAUUAUUUAUUAAAAUUGAUGUAAUUAUCCUUUA